UUCGUUUCCCUGGAGGUCCCUCCCUGUUCCCCGCAGAGCUGCCUCUUCUCCUGCUCUACCUUCUCCCAAGGCCAUCACCCGGAUCGGAAGAGUGGCGGGAAUCCGGAUCCCAGGUUCAGGCCUCCCAAGGGUGGAGUGGAGUAGAGGGACAGACAAGUGCACCCCAAAGCAGCCUCUCAUCGGCAGCCUGUAAGGAACUUUAGAAGUCUUUCUUCUGUGAAAGCAACACCGCCCUCUGGAGGCUCAGCGGGUCCUGUCCGGGAUAUUUUGCAACAGGCCACCAUCUCCUGGAUCAACAGACUACACUUGGAAACACAAACGAGUGUAAACAUCUGAAGACCCACGUGGGACCUGAAGAAUGUCCUAUUACAUGGGUUCAGGAGCAGCAGCUCUUACCGAAAGACCAGGUAUGAUCGCCUCACUCUCUCUCUCACUUAAGAAAGCCUUUGCUAAGGUCUUUCCUCAGUGCAGAAGAGGGCACUCGGAAGGAGACUAUCUCCCCUUCAGGGGCUCAGCCAAUGAUUCUUUUGAAGAUCACUGUAGAUGGAAAAUUCCCAUUAAACACAAUGUCUUCGAAAUUUUAAAAAGCAAUGAGAGUCAGCUGUGUGAAGUCCUCCAGAAUAAGUUUGGAUGUAUCUCUACCCUGACCUGCCCAACUUUAGCAGGAAGCAGCUCUCCUGCUCAGAGGGUCUUCAGAAGGACACUGACCUCUGGGAUAGAGUUAUCUGUUUGGAAGGACAACCUCACCAGACAUGUUGUUGAUGCUGUGGUGAAUGCAGCCAAUGAAGACCUUUUGCAUGGAGGUGGCCUGGCUGGAAGCCUGGUGAAAAUUGGUGGCUUUGAAAUCCAAGAAGAGAGUGAAAGAUACAUUGCUACCUAUGGUAAAGUUCCAGUUGGUGGAAUUGCUGUCACCAGUGCGGGGAGACUUCCUUGCCAUUUGAUUAUCCACGCAGUUGGACCCCGGUGGACAGAUAUGGACAGCCAGAUAGCUAUCCAAUUACUGAAAUGUGCCAUUAGGAACAUUCUAGACUAUGUCACCAAAUCGGGCACACCAAUUAAGACAGUAGCAAUUCCAGCCCUGAGCUCUGGAAUUUUCCUGUUCCCUCUGGAUUUGUGUACACACAUAAUUUUAGAAACUAUCUGCCUUUAUUUCCAAGACAAUCAAAUGACUGGUAAUUUGAGAGAGAUCCAUCUGGUGAGCAAUGAAGACCCCACUGUUGAGGCCUUUAAAUUUGCCUCAGAAAGCGUCCUAGGGAAGGAACUGAGCUCCUCGAAGAGUCCAGAAACUAACCAUUCAUCCAGCGUGACUCUUCACAUUGGCCAGGGCCUGACUCUCCAGAUUGUCCAAGGCUGCAUUGAAAUGCAAACAACAGAUGUAAUUGUUAAUUCUGUAUACAUGAAUGAUUUUAAAUCAGGAAGCGUGGCACAGUCGAUUCUUAAACGAGCAGGGCUUGAAAUGGAGAAGGAACUUACCAAGGGCAGCCUGUCCUCAGAUUAUCAAGUGGUACGGGUCACAAAAGGAUUUAACUUGUCCUGUCAAUAUGUGUUCCACGUGGUGUGGCAUUUCAAAAUCCAGAAACAUCAGACAUUGAAAAAUGCAAUGAAGUCCUGUCUAGAAAACUGCCUUAGACCAGAUAUAAAUUCCAUUUCCUUUCCUGCUCUGGGGACCGGAGGGAUUGAUUUGAAGAAGAGUACCGCGGCUCAGAUAAUGUUUGAGGAAGUUUUUGCAUUUGCUAAAGAGCACAAAGGAAAAAUACUAACUGUAAAGAUUGUGAUCUUUCCAGUAGAUGUGGAGACAUAUAAGCCAGGUGUUUUUUGUCUCCGGGAAAGGAAGGAAGCACCUCCAGAAGCCAUUGUUGGCAUGCCUCAUGAGGAUCAGGUUUUUUGUGCUGAAAUGACAAAAAGGUUCAACGAGCUGAAUCCCAGCAGUAAUAGUGGUGUUUUAGCCCUGCCGUGGACCAGAGGGGAGCACAGAAGAAGCAGCUUUGAAGAUGGAUCUCCUGCCAUCAAUCUCAUGGGUGCAAAAGUGGGAGAGAUGUGUGAGGCCAAGGAAUGGAUUGAAAGGUUGCUGACUUCCCGAGACCAGCACACCAUCGAGAACAACCAUAUUCUCUACCUUGGGAUAAAAGAGCACAGCCUGCUGUCUCAGCUCCAGACAAGUUCUAAUGUCUCCAUUUCAGAGACUGUCAGUCCAGGAACGGCAACUUUGGAGAUUAAAGGUGCCCAGGCUGACCUCAUUGAAGCAGUUAUGAAGAUUGAAUGUAUGCUGUGUGUCGUUCAGGAAGAAGUGGCAGAAAAAAGGGAGAAAAGUCUUUGGAACGUCUCAGGACAGGGGACCAACCUGCCAGGAAAACUGGACGAAAUGGAGGAAUCGUACACAUUUCAACGAUACCCAGUAUCUUUAACUCAGGAACUUCAGGACCGAAAGAGACAGUUUGAAAAGUGUGGCUUGUGGGUUGUGAAGGUGGAGCAGAUAGACAAUAAGGCGCUGCUGGCUGCCUUCCAAGAGAAGAGGAGAAUGAUGCAAGGGAGGACGCCAAGUGCAUCUGGGAGCCAAAGGUUGUUUCAGCAGGUCCCACAUCAGUUCUGCAACGCGGUGUGCAGAGUCGGUUUCCACAGACUGUAUUCGACAUCCUGUGACCCAGUUUGUGGAGCUGGCAUAUAUUUCACCAAAAGCCUCAAAACAUUAGCAGACAAGGUCAGGAAAACCUCUAGCACAGACAAGCUAAUCUAUGUGUUUGAGGCAGAAGUACUCAAAGGGUCCUUCUGUCAGGGUAAUUUCUCAAAUAUCAUCCCUCCGCCAUUGAGUCCUGGGGCCUUGGAUGUUCAUGACAGCGUAGUUGACAAUGUUUCCAGCCCUGAAACCAUUGUUGUUUUCAGUGGCACACAGGCCAUGCCCCGGUACUUGUGGACUUGUACACAGGAUUUGACAUUCUCACAGCAUCAGAUGUGGUCUCAGGGCUACUCAUCAGGACCAGGAAUGGUCUCUUCGAUGCAGUCCUGGGUAAUGGUCUCAAAUGGCAGCUCUGUUUAGUGUCUGUAUCAUUUUAACAAGCAGAAGGGGUUGAGAGAACUGACAAAAUGAUGAAUAGCAGGUUAUCUAUUCAGAAUGACAGGACCACUAAGGGCCCUGACCACACACUAGCAUUGUAGUGCCUUCGCCUUUACCUCUGAGCUUGAUUAGGCAGAUGCCAGCAAAAACUUCCUUGCUGUCUUUUCUACUUGACAUCUUUCAUCUCCUUUCCUAUAGGUGACAGCAAGAAUACUUUCCAUAGAACAAGGUUAUUUGUUUUCAAGCCUGUUAUUUUCUAAAAUGAUAGCACAAACUAGGACAACAGGAUGAUUUCAGGUUUUCUAUAUAAUUUUAUAAAGUGCUUUGGAUUUCCAAAUAAAUCACCUUUGUCUGAGUAA